GCGGUGGCGGUGGCGGUGGCGAUGGGGACGGUGGGCGUGGGGUUGGUGGACUGUCACUGCCACCUUUCGGCCCCGGACUUUGACAGCGUAUGUAAGGGCGAGGCCCGGCCGGUGGGAGCGGGAGGCACCCCGGUCCUUUCCCUUCGGGUUGAUUUUGCUCUCCUGCCUUGGGACGCAGCGUCAGAUCCUCCCGGGUCGCGUCCGUGGCCCUGAGGGACUGGCUCCUGUCUCUCUAAUCUCAGGCUUUCCGGUUUUUCUUCCCGGCGCUGCGGAGCGCGAAGCCCUCUACCUCUGCACGGCCUCUGUUAGCCCUUCCCGUUUGCGAGUCGGCCUCCCCCUACCUCCCCUUGACCCAGCCGCUGACCCCACGUGCCUCGCAGCUCCGGGCGGGCCUGGCCGAGCGUCCCCUCCGCCCGGGCGGAAGGUGCUUCGGUCAGACACCCCGGCGCGCCGCGGUCUCCGGCUGCGGUGCGGAGAGACGCGAACGGAGAGAACACACCCCACACCAGAGUUACACAGCGGUUUACCCGCAAACUGGAAACAGAGGCUGAUGGAAGGAAGAGCAGAGUCUCUAAGGGGGAAAGACCUCUCAAGAGGUUGACACUUGAGCUGGAGCCGGAAAGGCAAAGAGCCGCCAAGCCAGGAGGAUCUGGAUGAUGUGUUGGAGAAAGCCAAGAAAGCCAAUGUUAUGGCUCUUGUGGUGGUUGCUGAACAUUCAGGAGAAUUUGAAAAGAUUAUGCAGCUUUCAGAAAGAUAUAAGGGGUUUGUCCUGCCCUGCUUGGGUGUUCACCCUGUUCAAGGAGUUUCUCCAGGAGACCAAAGAUGUGUCACAUCAAAGGAUUUGGAUGUAGCUUUGCCUAUUAUGGAGAAUUAUAAAGAUCAGUUGUUGGCAAUUGGAGAGGUGGGACUAGAUUUCUCCCCCAGAUUUGCUGGCACCGAUGAGCAGAAGGAAGAGCAGCGACAAGUCCUAAUCCGACAGGUCCAGUUAGCCAAAAGAUUAAAUUUGCCUUUAAAUGUUCACUCACGCUCUGCUGGAAGACCCACCAUCAGCCUCUUAAAUGAGCAAGGUGCUGACAAAGUGCUCCUGCACGCAUUCGAUGGUCGGCCAUCUGUAGCAAUGGAAGGAGUUAAAGCUGGGUACUUCUUCUCAAUUCCUCCUUCUGUAAUAAGAAGCGGACAGAAGCAGAAACUUGUGAAACAGUUGCCUUUAACUUCAAUUUGCUUAGAAACAGAUUCACCUGCACUAGGACCAGAAAAACAGGUACGAAAUGAACCCCAAAACAUUUCCAUUUCAGCAGAAUAUAUUGCCCAGGUAAAGGGGAUCCCAGUAGAAGAAGUUAUAGAGGUGACGACACAGAACGCAUUGAGACUGUUUCCUAGGCUUCGGCACCUGCUCCUGAAGUAGCUUCAAAACUAAAUGCUGCAGGGGAAGCAUUUGAGAGCAAGAAAUGUUCUGAUUAAGAGUCUGAACUGAAGAAGCCAUUAUGUAACGAUAUAGAAGAUUAUCAUUUUAGAGAAGUAUUUCUAAAAACCAGGCUUGGAUCCUGAAACCCUGGAUUCUGAGUCUGUCUUGUGCUUCCUUGUAAUUAUUGGAGUCCUAGCAGGAGAUUGGGAAACACUUCUGCUGCUUACCGUAUCCCAUUAAGUCGAACGACCAUAUGACCUGAAACCAUUUCUUCUGGCAAGCGAGGCUCCCCCAGCUAAGACCUGAGCGCUGCUGGCGCAACUAACGUUUGAUCCUUCGCCACCACAGGAUUUAUCUUGCAGGAGAUCGUCUCGUUUCUUACACUGUCAGAGAUCUCUUUUCUGGAUUUGUAACAUUGAAUUGUUCGUACUUUGAAUUACUUCUUUUUAAGAGAAAAAUGUAUACGUUUUUAUAUUGAUGGUAGAUUCUGACUUAUGAGGCCAGUGGUGUGUGCAAUCACCAUUAAAUGCCAAACCCCAAAGUUUGGGUAAUAAACUGAGUUUAAGUUCCA